ACGGUAAGACAUGUGUAUGACAAGUGCUCUGUUUGAAGUCUAACUUGCUAUCUCAUACGCUUGCUCAGCGAGUUACAGGAUCAUGCCAUGUUGAUGUGACACUCCCGGUAUCGUUCCAUCGGAAGAUCAACUUGGAUAGCAAGGCCGCGUAGGCGGGCAGUCUAAUUAUAGUUCUCUUUUAUACUUGGAUUAUCUCUAUCAAAGCUCGAAGAAAGUUUCGGAAUGUCUAGUAGAUAGAUAGAUCUUGCUGCACGGCGAGGCCCUUCUAAAUCUUGAGACCUACAUCAAAUUCGUGUCGCUCACUAUGUCAUCCAAUUCCCGCGAACACAUCUCGACCGUCGGCACCGCAACAUCUACCCACUACCUUGAACAUAUCAACGGGUGGCCUCAUUAUGUGUCCACAACAGUUGCCUUCCGAAAGGAUCUCGCCCCGUCUAGGGAAUGGCUCGCUGAUCACUUGUCACAAGCCCAGAAGCGGUACCCGGAUCUCCGACUGGAAUUUGUCAACCUCCCUAGACCUUCGGGCCACGAAGGAGUGUGGAGUUCGAUCCAUUGGAAACUACGAGAGAAACCAUGGGCUCUCGACGAUGUCUAUACUGAGCUCCCAGACGUUCCAUCGAGCACACUCGAAGCUUGGCAGAUCGCUUUGGAAAUCGCUGAAAAGGAGUCGCUCGUCUCUCGUCCUCUGUGGAUGAUCCAGCGUAUGACCGCGGCCGAUACGGUCUAUCUGAGCUUUACAAUGUCUCACAAGUUUCUAGAUGGAUUAGGCAUGGUCAACUUGGUUCGAAUCCUCCUUACUCCAAACUUUGAUGGACUGCCAGAUGAAACGGAUCUGGGUCAUUUUGUGAAAAACCUGGAGAUCCCUAGCAAAGUCAUCCCUGAGAAACCGUACGAACCUUGGACACCAAGACCACAACCAGAGACGACCGAGGCUCCCAUAUGGCCGCAUGCACCGGAAGAUUACGGUCAUUUGAUAAGUCUAGAUCACCCACAGAUCUUUGAAGAACUUGAUCUUCCGGCAGACGACGUCAUGGCCAUCUCUCGAAACGCGAAAUCUCACCAGAUCCCCACCCUCAACCCUGUCCUGCUCGCUAGUUUCCUCCAAGCUUUAAGUGAAGAGCUAGAUGUCCACAGGCGAUUUCAAUACAUCGUACCGAUAGGGACACGCAAAUCAACAGAUCCAUUCUUUUUCAGCGGUUACAGCACUGCUGUCUUCCCUGUCACCUCACCAAAACCACACGAAAAGAUCCUGUGGGAAGUCGCCAAAGAAGUUGCCGAUGGCAUCAAAGCGGCGCUCGACGAGAGCAACGCACCUCCUCCACCGCCUGCGCCUGCGCCUGCAGAGACAAAGGACGAGGCAGAAAACAUUGAGGACGGAACAUCUCCAGCGAUGGCAGAUCCUCCAGCAAUAGCGACGGAACAGCCUGAAUUCAGCCCAGAGUCCUCUUGGAAGAGAAUGCAGGAAAUCAUGCAAUCGGAGAGAUUUUACAAAUUCAGCAUGGUCUUCAGCAACUUGACGCGACUUCCGUGGCUGAACGACAUCCGUGGCGUAGAUGAUUUCUUGUGGGGACAGAGUAUGAACAUCUGUCCAGCACCGUUCAUCAUCAACUUGGUCGGAUGGAAGGGAGGUGUUCGUGCUACCGUAGGUUUCAGAGAUGGUUGUGGAGUCAGUGCUGCUCAAGGCGAGCAGAUUGCCAAGAGGUGGAGGAGGAUUCUUGCGGCAGCAGCGACUGACGAGGAUAUCGUCAAUGGAACCGAGAAAUUAGAGCUGUAGAAGAAA